CACAAAGUGAUGAAACUGAUGCUGGUCCAAGCCAGAGGUCUGAAAUAGAAGACAAUGGAGUUACCAACUUGGAGAUUGAUACAAGACGCAGUAAAAAACAUUCAACAACAGGUGGGAGAAAAAACGCUUCAGCUGAAGAAAUCAGUGAAGGGAAAACGCAAGCAACUAAGCAACCAGAUGUGUUUCUCCCACCCAACGAUGCUGAGGACAUUCUUACAGCCUGUACGCAGGUUUAUGGGGCAGAUGAGGAUGCUGCAAAAAGUGCCACUGAUGUGUUUACAGAUGCGACACAGGUGUACGGAAAAGAUGCUGCCGGGGAUACAGAAACAGAUGAAUACACAUCUUCUACUCAGGUUUAUGGAGCAGACGGAUGGGAAGCAGUUGAACGAAAAGAUGAAUUCACAGAUGAUACACAGGUGUUUGGUAUUGAGCAUGAUGAUACAAUACCUAUGGUGUCUGACAGUGAAGAGGAGGAUGUAAAUUCUAAACGAGAUAGACGACGACCAGUUAAGAUACCUUCAAUGUUGGCAAAAGUUCCAGCCAGGUCUGCCAUGGCAUCACCCAAGACGGAAGGAUCUCCAAAAAAAAUGCAGAAAGUUGAAUUCGCUGUGAAGAGUGGUAGCAAUGUGUCCAGUACAUCAACGCAGGAAGUCGGCACACCACAAAGUAGUACUACAGGGAGAAGAGGACGGAAACCAAAGAACCAGAAGAAAUCUACAACCCAAGGUACAAGCCGAAAAACAAGAGGAAAGAUACCGCAACACACAGAUGAGGAAGAGAAUCUUACACCUGAAUUGGAAGAAAAUGCAGAAGAACCAAAGCAACAAGUGGAAUCUGCCCCUGUCACCAGGGGAAAAAAGUCUGUAACUAUGGCAACAAAAGAUGAAGAAAAGAAAACCAGUGUUGCAAGAGGUAAAAGGAAAAGUGUACCCGGGAGAGCUGCCGCUGAAAACAUUGACAGUCCAGAGGUUGUCGGUGGCAACAGGAGGGGUAAAAGGACUCUGGUAGCAGCUGAUGAAGAAGUAGUAUUUAAGGUUCCUGCCAUUAAAAUGACGAGAACAUUAACAGAUGACAAAACUGCCAAAGAACCUUUGCAUGAUGAAAAAAAAGCAGUUGGAAGGAGAAGCAUCAGAAAGAGUAGUGAAGAAGAGGAGAGUAUGAAUGAUGCAGGUGAACCUAGUACUUCCACUCGGAGGGGAAGGAGCAGAAAAUCUGUUGCUAUGGCAACCAAAGAUGAAGAUGAUGUAGCUGACAGUGUGCGGACAAUUGAAAGUGUUAAUAAAAGUGUUAAUAAAAGGGCUAAGAGAUCAUCUGUAAGAUCUCGGUCAGAGACUGAGGAGAAGCCUGUGGAGGAGGAAAAAACGACUAUGACUGUGAAAACAAGUAGAAGGACAAGGAAUGCUAGUAAUAAUAGUAUUAAAGAAGAUCCAGAGUCAUCAAUGUCUAAAGAUUGUGAAAUUGAGAAAACGAAAGUUGCUGGGAGGAAAGGAAAACAAAAAGCAGCCAAGAAAACUAUCCAAAAAACGACUGUAUCUGAUGAUGAGGAUUUAAACAAUACAUCUAUUUCAUCAGACUCUACAGAUACAUCAGAGAGAGACGGUAGACGAGGAAAACGUUCCAGAAACACCACUCCUGCACCAAGUACUCCAUCAACUGGUAAGAACCUGAAAGUGACAGAUAGGAGUGAUGUUAGUAGUCCCACAUUAAGAAGGAGAUCUUCUCUUGAUACAAAGCCAAAAGUCAUGUUUACAGGAGUAGUGGAUAAAGCAGGUGAAAGG